AUGCUCAACCCACAGCUGGAAGUUUCGCUACUCAAGCCUGAAGAGGCAGAGCAGUAUAUGCGCAUACGGCACGAGGUUUUCAGACCUACUAUGAACAAAAUUUUCUACUCUCGCGGCGAGCCAUCACAGAAGACGCUCGACCGAGUGACAGAGGAGACUAGGGAUGGAAUCAUUAACAAGGGAAUCUUCUAUCUCAAGUGCACGGAUAGGUCAACCGGAGAGAUGAUUGGAGGAGCACGCUGGCGGUACGCUAAGCCUAAAGAGGAGGGUGCACGAGAAAGGACAUGGGACGAAGUUGAAGCUGGCUUUACGAUCCCUGAGCCAUAUGACGAAUCCAACCCGGGGCUCAUUCGAAAUCUUCACCGUCUCCUCAAUACGAAUAAGCGCGCGAUACUUGGCAACAGACCAUAUUACACACUGGUCACCUGUGUUGUCCUUCCACAGCAUGAAAGGCGAGGCGCUGGAAGUAUGCUGGUGCAGUGGGGGUGUGAAAGGGCAGACGAGGCUGGUGUGGAGGCAUAUCUCGAAGCGAGUCUCGUUGGUGCCCCAAUGUAUGCGAGACAUGGCUUCAAACCUGUGAAGCAGAUCGAACUAGAUACGAAGAAAUUCGGUGCGGAGGAGAACGAACAAUUUAUUUUGAUGCUUAGACCUGCGAAAGCCGAUGGAACGCCAUGA